AUGAAAAGAAGCAAUAAACGAGACCAUAGAAUGGUUGAUAAUAAUGAUGAAUAUAUAAAUGAUAAUAUAAUGAUAAAUUAUGAUUCGAAAAGAUUUUCAUUAGAGAAUUGUUUAAAUUCUCAUAGAAAUCCAUCAGAUAUUGAAUAUCAUUCAAAUAAUAAACGACGUUUAACAAGACAAUCAUCAAAAGAUAAUUCAAAUGAAGAUGGUCAUGGUGGAAUAAAUCAAUUAGGAGGUUUAUUUGUAAAUGGUCGUCCAUUACCUGAUGUUGUUCGACAACAAAUUGUUGCUUUAAAUCAACAAGGAAUUCGUCCAUGUGAUAUAUCAAGACAAUUAAAAGUUUCUCAUGGUUGUGUUUCGAAAAUUCUUGGAAGAUAUCUUCAAACAGGUUCAAUUCGUCCAGGUGUUAUUGGAGGAUCAAAACCAAAAGUAGCAACACCAAAAGUAAUUAAUGCAAUAACUAAUUAUAAAAAAGCUCAACCAACAAUGUUUGCUUGGGAAAUAAAAACGAAAUUAAUAAAUGAUGGAAUUUGUGAUGAAAAAAGUGCACCUUCAGUUUCAUCUAUAAAUAGAAUUGUUCGAACAAAAGCUGAAAAAUGUUCAAAUAAUAAAAUCGAAGAAACAAAUGUUAUAUGUCGAUCUUCUUCGAAUGAAACAAAUGGAAGAAUAAAUGAUUGUCAUUCAUCAACAAAUUCAAGUGAUGAAAUUCCUUUAGAUAAUUAUCAACAAUUUCAAACAACAUGGAAUCAUCAAGAGAAUAUUUAUGAAAAAGAUUCAUCUGAUUCAAUAUUAAUAACAGUUGAAGAAGAAAAAGCAUCGAUUUUAGAAAAUUUUUAUCAACAAAAUCCAUUUGCUGAUUUUUCUCAAAUGGAUGAAAUUCAACAACGAACUCAACUUGAUGAACAAAUUAUACGACAUUAUUUUGAUAGUGUUAGAAAUCAUCAAUGGCCAAAUCAAUCAUCAUAUUAUUGUUCAAAUUCUCAUGAAAUAUAUUCAGUUGAAUCAAAUCCAAAUAUAAUUUGUUCAAAUUCAACUAAUUCUUUACCAAUUAUUGUUGAUUCAAGAAUUUCUAUAUCACCUCAAUCAAUUAUUUCAUUAGAACAAAUGUCAAUUAUUCACAAUCAACGAGAUGAAAGAUUAUCAAAAGAUGAUUCAUCAAUAAUAAUAAAAGAAAAUAAUAAUUUAUCAAAUAAAUCUAUGAUUUUAUUAAAUUAUCCGAGAUUAUACUCAUCAUCAAGUGAUACAUCAUUAGAUAAUUGUCGACAAGAAUCAAUUGAUUAUCAUCGUUCAUCACCAUUGCAACAGCAACAGCAACAGCAACAGCAACAGCAACAGCAACAGCAACAACAACAACAACAACAACAACAACAGCAACAACAACAACAACAACAACAACAACAACAACAACAACAACAACAAUUAUCAUCAACAAAUCCUCUAUAUACUGAUUUAACACCUGUUAUUAAUUCAACUCCAUUACCAUCAUUUGAAACAUUAAAUAGAUCUGAAUGUUAUUUUUAUAAUCAACAAUCAUCAGAUGAUAUUUGGAGAUCAAAAACAGAAAAUAAAUCGAAUUGA